CCCAUCAUGUUACUCGCAACUCUUGUUUUGAUGUACUAUCUCAUAGCGAUUCAUCAACAUGAAUACAUGUCUCAUGUAAUUUCACGGCGGCAUUGUGUAAGCAUAUGGAACCCGAUUGAAAGACCACAUUACACAUACGAGUCACAUUCUGAAGUUGAUUGGGAUGAGAUCUCGACCAUUUUUACAAAGAUACCAAUAGUUAAUGAACUUAUUCAUGGGAUCGGGUUCUUGAACUUCAAUGACAAGGAAAUCUUUGAAUGGAAAACACGAAUUUUCCCAAAUAGUGCAAACCACAUAGUCCUGCAUCUUGAACCGGUCGACAAAAAUGUGACAUGGGAGUCAUUAUAUCCAGAAUGGAUUGAUGAAGAACAAGAAGAUGAAGUUCCAAAGUGCCCAAAUCUCCCCAAGCUUGACACGCCUAUAAAAAGGCUUGAUGUGAUCGUAGUCAAGCUUCCCUGUAGUAACGAUGGGAAUUGGACUAGAGAUGUGGCUCGGCUGCACUUGCAACUUGCAACUGCAGAUCUAGCCACAUCAGCUAAGGGUGAUUACAUAAUGUACGUGCUAUUCAUAUCCGAUUGUGUCCCAAUCCCAAACUUGUUUCCUUGUAAAGAACUUGUAGUUCAACAAGGCAAUGCUUGGUUGUACAAACCAAAUUUGAAGGUAUUGAGGGAGAAACUACAACUUCCAAUUGGAUCUUGUGAACUUGCACUUCCUUUUAGACCUCAAGGUGAAGAUUAUAUUGGUGAUGUUCUACGUGAAGCAUAUGUAACAAUCCUACAUUCGGCUGACAUGUAUGUUUGUGGGGCAAUCGCGGUUGCACAAAGCAUUCGAAUGGUUGGGUCUACUAGAGACCUUGUGAUACUUGUUGACGACACGAUUAGCGAUUACCACAAGCUUGGACUUGCCCUGGCAGGAUGGAAGAUCCGCACUAUUCAGAGAAUAAGAAACCCCAAAGCCGAAAAUGGCACAUACAACGAAUACAACUAUAGCAAGUUUCGUUUAUGGCAGUUAACUGAUUACAAAAAGAUUAUCUUCAUUGAUGCUGAUUUACUCAUCCUUAGGAACAUUGAUUUCCUUUUUCAAAUGCCUGAAAUUUCCGCCACAGGGAACAAUGGGACACUUUUCAACUCGGGUGUCAUGGUCAUCGAGCCAUCAAAUUGCACAUUUGAACUUUUGAUGGAUCACAUCAAUGAUAUUACAUCUUAUAAUGGGGGUGAUCAAGGUUACUUGAAUGAAAUCUUCACAUGGUGGCAUAGAAUUCCAAAACACAUGAAUUACCUAAAGGAUUUUUGGAUUGGGGAUGAUGAGAAAAGCAAAGAGAAAAAAGCAAAACUUUUUGGUGCAAACCCACAUAUUCUCUAUGUCCUCCAUUACCUCGGCUUAAAACCAUGGUUGUGUUAUAGAGACUAUGAUUGUAACUGGAAUGUGGAAUUGUUACAAGAAUUUGCGAGUGAUGUGGCGCACUAUAAUUGGUGGAAAGUGCACGAUACGAUGCCACCCCAAUUGCAACAGUUUUGUCUUUUGUCGACAAAGCAAAAGGGCCAACUGGGGUGGGAUCGUAGGCAAGCACAUAAGAGUAACUUUUCUGAUCGUCAUUGGAAAAUUAAGAUUCAAGAUCCACGAAAAAGCAUCUGCAUCGACAAAUUGUGCCAGCAAAAAACAAACCGGUCUGAUAACCAGAGGCGAAGUCAUACACGGUAAACUAUUUGUAACUGCUAAUAUCACUUUUGUCAUUUAGAUUCGAGCACAUAUGGAAAGUGUUGGUUGUUUCUGUUUUACACGGUAAACGUUCUUAUAAAAUCAUUUCUCAA